GCGGGCUGCUGGUGACACGCCGAUUCACCUAGCGAUACGCGAUGCAACAAUACUCUUCUGCCGCUGAAACCCCUGCUUAACAAUUCCCGAAAUGUGACUCUAACUCUGCUUUACUUUUAAGACCACGAGCUCUUUCACUACUAAGUGUCCACUGUAAACACGCGAUCUCUUUAAAUGAUAGAACGUGUAGAUAUAUAUUUUCCCGAGUGUAAAUAAAGUCGGUUGGACAGUGUCGAGGUCGUUCACUGAUCUGACAGGUUGGCUGCUCAAACCAAUAUAAUACUUAAUUGGUGCCAAAGAUGAGGCCUAAUUCUUAUAAUUACCUACUAGUAUAUGUAAAUGUAUUGUACAAAUAUAUAAAUUGUUCUAUUGAUAGAGAGAAUAUUGUGAUAUCUGAUGUUGUUUGAACGUUAUAAAAACACAAGUUUCACUUACAAUAUUAUUGUUGAUAAGGAUAUCUAACUGAGAUAAAGCUAUCUAAACAUGGAGGUGUAAUUGAUAUUUGUAAAAAAACUAUGUGCUGGUAGUGUUUUACGUUCAUUAACUGUGUAUACACGUUGCGAGAAAGAUUGCUUACGUAAUUACCUACGAGCGAAAGUUACGCCUGAACCACCUGUCAGAAAUAUCACUCGACGUAUCUAGUAGAUGGCGUAAAACUCGUAUUGAUGACGAUGACUCUACCCUGAUAAGUCAACGUGGUGUGUGACGUAUUGUCAUGUAGUUCGAGUCGCUCAAGUCUCGCAACAUGCAGCGCUCGGGGUCUCAGUCGGAGAGGCUGGGCGCCAGCGGCGGAGGCGCCACGUUUAUCGCCAAGAGCUCGGCUUCGGAGCACAGCAUGUCGACUGGUGUAUCUGCAAGUAGUAGUGGUGGCACUCUUCCCCGCACCCUAAGUACGAGCGUGCUUCGCAUUAAAAAUAGAUCAACCUUCUGGGAAAAGUUUUGGGACGAGCGCACUCGACGCGAUGCCCACGGCGAAGACCUGAUUGUAACGCCGUUCGCGCAGGUGCUGGCCAGUCUGCGUAGCGUCCGCAAUAACUUCUUAUGUCUCACCAAUGUACCUGUCGCCAAAUCACGAAGGUCAUCGGGUGCAGCGACUGCUGUCACUCCACAACCAAAGAAUUUCAACCCAGGAGACGAAGCCUAUAUGAAGCUGGCACUGGAGACCGUGGAGGAACUCGACUGGUGCUUAGACCAGCUCGAGACCAUACAAACUCAUCGUUCAGUCUCCGAUAUGGCUUCGCUCAAGUUCAAACGGAUGUUGAACAAGGAGCUGAGCCAUUUCUCCGAGUCGAGCAAGUCCGGAAACCAGAUCUCGGAGUACAUUUGCUCGACUUUCUUGGACAAGCAGCAAGAACUCGACUUACCUUCGUUGCAAGUGGAUGAAGGCUCUGAACGUGCCAAGAAAAAGGAAAAGCCUCGCCAUAGCGGUCCUGGGACUACCAUGUCACAAAUAUCUGGAGUUAAGCGAACAUUAACUCAUACCAACAGUUUUACGGGUGAGAGAGUUCCAAGAUAUGGAGUAGAAACACCCCAUGAAGAAGAACUUGGCCGGCUUCUAGGUGAUCUGGACCGUUGGGGAGUUGAUAUUUUCCGCAUCGGGGACCUUUCAUGUGGACGACCACUUACUGCUGUUGCUUACGCCGCGUUCACCUCUAGAGAGCUACUUACCACAUUACAAAUACCGGCACGCACAUUCUUAGCCUUCGCUGUGACGUUAGAAGAGCAUUACGUUCGUGAUAAUCCUUUCCAUAACUCUCUGCAUGCUGCCGAUGUUACACAAUCAACAAAUGUACUUCUCAAUACACCAGCUCUGGAUGCCGUAUUCACACCGAUUGAAAUAUGCGCAGCACUGUUUGCAGCUUGCGUUCACGACGUAGACCAUCCUGGCCUCACAAAUCAGUUCCUUGUCAACUCUAGCUCAGAGCUGGCACUUAUGUAUAAUGACGAGUCUGUACUAGAAAAUCACCACCUUGCCGUUGCGUUUAAAUUACUUCAAAAUGAUGGUUGCGAUAUAUUUGUGAACUUGCAUAAGAAGCAAAGGCAAACGCUCCGAAAAAUGGUCAUAGAUAUGGUGCUCUCAACUGAUAUGUCAAAGCAUAUGACUCUGCUCGCAGACUUGAAGACUAUGGUCGAGACAAAGAAAGUAGCAGGAAGUGGAGUAUUAUUAUUAGACAAUUACACAGAUAGAAUACAAGUUUUGGAGAAUCUCGUACAUUGUGCCGAUCUUAGUAACCCUACAAAGCCUCUAUCUUUGUAUAAACGGUGGGUAGGGUUACUUAUGGAAGAAUUCUUCCAACAAGGAGAUCGUGAAAGAGAGCAUGGCAUGGACAUUAGCCCUAUGUGUGAUAGGCAUAAUGCUACAAUAGAGAAAUCUCAAGUCGGUUUUAUCGACUACAUCGUGCACCCGCUUUGGGAGACAUGGGCAGACCUUGUUCACCCUGAUGCCCAAGAUAUUUUGGACACUCUAGAAGAAAACCGAGACUACUAUCAAAGUAUGAUACCACCGUCACCACCACCAGCGCCAAUUCAAACGCAUUCUUUGACUGAUGAUGACCGCCCCGAACAAAUUCGCUUUCAAGUGACAUUAGAGGAAGGGGAAGGCUCAGAAGAAUGCGAGGGAGAGGGUGAUGGUGGAAUGUGACGGAAACUAUUGGGAAUCUGUAAGAAACUCUCUGAAAAGAUGCAGGUGUGGUGGAAGCUCUGGCAGUAAAGCGCAGAACCACGAGGCUGGGCAAGGCCGCCACCGAGGCAGCGCGAUUUCUUGUUGGAUAAUAAUAACACUUGUUGACGCUUAACGUCGAAAUGCAACGAUCUGCGGGUGUAUCGUAACAUUUCGAUUAUGAUUAUUUAUAUAUGAUUAUUAUGCAAUGUUGUUUAGAGUUACCUAACGACUAAAUAUGUCCCUCCAAUGACUGUGUAACAUUCGAUUGUCUAGUGUUUUACUAUUGUUUCGUUUUGUCUAACCAAAGAUAUGGAAGUCGUUUCUUAAGUUCACAGAAAUGUUCAAUAUCCCUGUAAGUAGAUAGCAUUCGGUUCGUAAAUUUAAAGUCGUGUAAGUAGUUUUAGCCGCUGACACCGUAUAUACCGGGUCGGCUAUGUAAGGACAUUGAAAACGCUUAUUAAUUGGUAUGAAAGGGUAAUUUAUAUUGUCAUAUCAUCCACUUUUCUCAUAUUUAAUACGGGUUUGCGAUAAUGAUGUUAAUCACCAAAAUAUAUUAACAUGAUAGGUAUCCUUAAUAUAAAUCUAUUUUAAGGUAAAUUUUAAAAAUUGCCUUUCGGAGUUGUUGUUGUGUCUUUUUUCUGAAUAUAUAAUAUUCGGCCAGCCUCUUACUGUGAAAAGACACGUUACCAUGUUCAUCCUCUUAGAUAGCUUUACUUGAUUUGGUAAUAGCACCUCAUUUCUUGUGGAGGAUCGCUGGCGAUCCCUUUACUUUUUCUCUUUAGAAUAGUGUAUUAUUUUGUAAAUUACGUAUUGUACCUACUCUAGUUCUCGUUUACCCAAAUAUAAAAGAAAUUAGUCAUUGUACUUUCAAGUAUAAGAUUUUGUGUAUACAACUAACGGCUUGAAUUGUUUGAUUAAAGUUAAGUACUAACAAACGAGUGGUUUGCGACUAAGUUUUCUUUUGAGUGAGUUCAAGUAUUUUCAGAAGUUAUAUAUAAGUGCAAACGGUAAAAGCAUGCGGGCCGGGUGUUGCAAUAGUACAUACUAAGUAGAUAGUUACAGAAGCACUCUCUCUUCGCACAACUUUCACAGUCAUCUCUUGUGCUGUUCAUGAUUAGUCAUUACUUGUUUCACGCUAUUCUCUUUGUGAUUACUAAUAUUAUAUUGACCUUGUAGCAGCAGAUCUGAUCCAAAUUCCCCACCCAUUAUAUUUAUUUCGUUUCAUAGUCAUACAUGUUAUGUUUAUAAACUGGCACUGCAUUAGAUUCAAUAAAUACAAGAUGUCAAAGAAUUUUGUUUUAAAAUAGAAUAUUACUUAAUAACCUGUAUUACUUUUGCAUUUCAUUGUUAUUCAUCGUUAUUAGUAUACGGUUUUUAUUACUUUUGAGCUGGUCUCCAUGUUUUCAUGUACUCAAUUGAUAUUUGUAUUCUUUGUUUUAAACUGGACAUUAAUUAGGUACAUUUCGUUAAACGGUAUAUUUCUAUCGUGUUUCCUAGUUGAGUAUUAUUUCGUGAGUAUUUUCUAAGUCAUCAUUAGCAUUCAUCAGCGUCGAGAAUGAAGGUCCAAUGUACAUUAUUUUCGUAGGUAAUUUAAGAUUUGUUCGGCGAUCAAAAAUAUUUAAUUACAGAAUUUCGCCAUGAUGUCUUCAAAAUGGGAAUGUAUAGGAUAGGAUUUGGACAUGAAAAAAAAAAUAAAACGCUUAACUACUUGUGUGUUAUAAUAGACAUUACGCUUAGAACAAUUUGUUUUCUAAUGUAUAUGUAUUUGUAACGAAAUUGUGUUGAAUAAUGUUCGUACUACAGUAGAUCUGUGUAUAAACAAUGUACCCAAUCUUUCGUAACUUCGUAACUCAUAUGUGAACAAAUUAAUAAAUGUACCUACCUACUUUCCUGGAUAUUAUGCAGGCAUAGUAUAGCAUCGUCUCUUUUCUUAUAAAUAAUGAUGUAUCUAUCCAGCAUACAAGCAAUUUUCGAAUGUAACACCGCGUUUAAAUCAAAAAUAGUUGUAUAAAAUGUGUCUAAAAGAGCGUCUAUGUGUUGUAAAACAAGAUUUAUGUAGAUAUGUAAAAACGUUUCAAAAGGUAUUUCCACUAAAAUUUUGGACGCAGGACAUGUAUUUUGGUAAAGACGCGGUGUAACAGUCACUUAAUUAUACUUGUGCUGAUCGCUAUUAAGAGUAUUUUCAAUAGACUAAUAAUGAAUUGCAAUAGGUAUAUUAAAACUAAGGACCGACACUCAAAUCUAUAGUUUGACACUUUAUGAUAAUACUUGCGAAUUAUAAAAUGUCAGAUUAUACUACGAUAUUUACACCCACGAGCCUAUAUGACAUGUCAAAUACACAGCACAUAGCUCGAUUAUCGGGCACAGUACCUAUAAUAAAAUACUGUUAUGCAGUUGUAAAUGGCAUGUCACAAUUCAAUAGAAUUAGAAUUACCUACUUAAUAAUUAUUGUCAGUUUUUUUUCGCCAAAGUGGUUUCAGUGUUGUGUAAAAUGUUUUGUCAGUAUGGAGAACUAUCGCUAAGAUUGGAUAAUACCUAGAUAAAUUAAUAAUACCAAGUUAAAAGUGUGCAAUGCUGGUCAUUUGCAUUACUUUAUUUAUGUUUAAAAUAAAAAUAGCUUGUAAUAGUUUAAAUGAAUAUUUGAGUUGAAUUAAAAAAUAUUAAUGUAUUUAGAAUAAAAAGAUA